CGGCGGUGCCGGGGUGGGAGCCGGGCUGCGGAGCUCGGCGCUGGACAUGGACAUUCUCAAGGCGGAGAUCAGCAGGAAGCGGCAGCUGCUGGAGGAGAAGGAGCUAGUGGGGGGAAACAGAAAAUAUUUCAAGCGCAGUGAGCUAGCCAAGAAAGAAGAGACAGCGUACUUUGAAAGAUGUGGCUACAAGCCUGUAAAUGAGAAGCCACCUGGAGAGGUACAGCAGGAGGAGAAGGAGGAGAAACCAGUGACUUCAUCAAAUCCAGGGUUGGAGCUAGAGCUGGCAGAAGAGAAGUUACCCAUGACUCUUUCCAGACAGGAGGUGAUUAGGAGAUUGAGAGAGAGAGGUGAACCAAUCAGAUUGUUUGGAGAAACAGAUUAUGAUGCAUUUCAGCGUUUGAGGAAGAUCGAAAUUCUUGCACCUGAAGUUAACAAGGGCUUGAGAAAUGACCUGAAGGCAGCUUUGGAUAAGAUUGACCAGCAGUAUCUGAAUGAAAUUGUAGGUGGUCAGGAACCAGGAGAAGAAGACACUCAGAAUGAUCUGAAAGUCCAUGAAGAAAAUACUACUAUUGAAGAAUUGGAGAAGGAUGAGGAAUUGCUUUGGCUUUUCCCCCCCCUCUUUCAGGCUUUGGGAGAAUCCUUAGGACAAGGUGAUGAUCACAAAGACAUGGACAUCAUAACCAAAUUCUUGAAGUUUCUUCUGGGCGUGUGGGCAAAGGAGUUGAACGCCAGAGAGGAUUACGUGAAACGCGGUGUGCAGGGGAAACUCAACAGCGCUACACAAAAGCAGACAGAAUCCUAUCUGAGACCUCUCUUCAGAAAACUGCGGAAAAGGACUCUCCCUGCAGACAUCAAAGAAUCAAUAACAGAUAUUAUUAAAUUCAUGUUGCAAAGGGAAUACGUGAAGGCUAAUGACGCCUACCUUCAGAUGGCCAUUGGAAAUGCCCCUUGGCCUAUUGGCGUCACUAUGGUUGGCAUCCAUGCCCGAACUGGCCGGGAAAAGAUUUUCUCUAAGCAUGUGGCCCAUGUUUUGAAUGAUGAGACUCAGAGGAAAUAUAUUCAGGGGUUGAAGAGGCUCAUGACCAUUUGCCAGAAACACUUCCCAACAGACCCAUCCAAAUGUGUGGAGUACAAUGCCUUGUGAGAGCCUCAGCUGCCCACGGCGUAAAUCAAUUUCUGCUCUCCAAGACCCAGAGAGAGAGGAGAGAACAGUUCAGACUUUGCUUGAAAUCGAUCAGAAACUUGGGUUGGGCCUGGAGCAAUAGCAGAAAGCCAAGGGCUUUGUCUAGAGCUUGAUUUCUACAAACCACAUCUAUUUACAUUUCUUUUAAGCACUGUGUACAGUACACUCAACAGAUCCUGAAUCCAUUUGUUUUUUGUUUUUUUCGGGGGAAGGGGUGCGAUGGGGUGGUCUUUAUUUUAAUUAUUCUGGAAAUCACAGGGGCCGAACAUUAUUUCUUUUCCCACAGCUCGGAAGCUUAGGUCACAGUCAUCUGUUGCUUUUAUUGGACUCUUUCCAGUUGAGGUUGGCACGGGCAGAUGAUUAGAAGGAAACAGUUGAAACCGAAUUCUAAUUAUUUCUGUAAAUAUGAACAUUUCAGUGUCUAAUCUUUCAUGUGGUAUUUAUCAGAAAAAAGGCAUAUAUUUUCAGCUGAAAAGUACAGCCAAACUGGUAAAAGUUUUUGAUCUUGAA